CCCGUGCCCAUCCCUUUGGAGGAAAAAAAAGAAAACUCACACAGGCGGACGACGGCGAGAAAAAAGAGCGAGGGAAAAGUUGAGAGGGAAGCGAAAGCGAAAAGCCAGAUGAAAAAGCUGGAGAGUGGAGAGGGAGCCAACCAAAGACGAGAGUAUACGCUUUAAAUCAUGCCACUCCACAAAUCAUCCCGGGUCUCUCGCCUGGACCCUACCAUGAUCUCAGCCCCGCUGGGUGAUUUUCGUCACACGAUGCACAUCGGCAGGGGAGGAGACGCCUUUGGCGAUACCUCUUUCCUGUCCACUCUUGGCCCGAGUUCACCCAAACCUGACCUGGCGAGUCCUGGGAUUGUUUCUUCUUCCUACCACAGUGAUCUUCAAGCAGAUGCACCAGAAAGCCCGCAGAACAAUGAGCUUCAGCACUCUGACUCAGAGUCGUCAUUAAACCUGGACCUAGACCUGGACCUGGGUCCAUCUAUGCUUGGAGAUGUACUAGGCGUAAUGGAUGGUUUGGGGCUCCACUCUAAUCAGGAGGUAGCGGAAACAAAGCAGGGGAAAGGGGCUGCGGAGAUGUCUGUGAACAGGCAGAGAGAGCUGAAUGGGAAGAACUUGGCAGAGCAUGAUGGAAUCCAGGUGGAAGACAGCAGGAUACCAGAUGUGAACGGGAUGAAGCUAAAGGGGUUACGACCAAAGGUGAGAUUCAGCGAUAAACGGGAGGAGAUCAUUCGUCAGGCAUCGGAAGAGGAAGAAAGUCAAGGGUUUGACUUCCAGGAAGAGGAUCAGGAUCUGGAAGCAUGUAAUAGCCCAGUGAGGAGUGAGAGCGAGAAAGGCAAGAGUCCAGCUGAUGGAGGUGAAACUGAGUUUACCAAUCACAAUGCAGAUUUGCCGCCCAGUCCUGCCUCGUCACAAAGCUCAGAGUAUGAAGGGGUCACUCCAUUGGACAGGAGGAGGGUUGGCAGCUGCCAUUCAGAGACUGAUUCAGAGGAGGAGGAGGUGGAUGAGGAAGGACGAGGCUACACAUUUGAAGAUGAGUUUGAUGAUGAAAUUGGUUUAUAGGGGAUAAACUGCGCCAACAAAUCUUUGCUGUCAAGUAAAUCAAGUAUACUGUAUUUUCCUUAUUUCAUCAUUCCUCCACCAAGGACAUACCAUGUGUGACCAAAGCUGUUGAUUUGGCCGUGAACCAGAUUACGCAAAAACUACAAAGCUGAAUGUUAUUAAACUUUGCGGAGAGUUGGAACACGAGCAAAGGACAUACCAAAUGUAGAUCCAGAUGACUUUGUCUCAAAUUACAGAACAGGAUGCUGGCCUUGGUGGAGGACUGCGUUCUCAGAGUACCUUUUUUUUCGGUGGCUUUUGAAUGGGAGGUUUAAAUACAAUAUAUCUGACUUCAAACUGGAUUUUUCAGAACUCAAUGAGACGAUGUUGCUCAACUGGAAAAGACGUUUUUAUCUACCAGGGUAACAGAUUUGCAGAAGACUUGAUAUUUAAUCAGAAAAAAAAAGGUGCCAUUUUGGUAAUCAAAGUGAAAAGUUUGCAGCACUUUGAUUUCUUUUCAUUCCUGGAUGUUUUUGCUUUAGAAAUCAAAGCUCAGCGGAAAGUUUGAUUGAAGAUAAAUUAAACUGCAUCGUUAAUUAAUUUCUUUUGUGUUUGAUGUCUUUAAAGGGAGCUAUACACUUACAUUAUUGUACCCUGUGAUAUACGAGUGUCUUAUUACAUAUUCAUCAUAUUGCAUGUUUAUUAAAGUCUUUGAAAAGGUCUUCAAAGGGUUGCGAGAGACGGCGUCUAUAAAUAAUUACUGUGAAUGUGUCACAUUCCAAAUCUUACAACGGCUCAGACCAAAUGCGAUUUGAUAUCAGAGUGCAGUUAUUUAGCACAGCUGUUCCUUUCAGGCCGUGGGGCUGGGUUAACACUAAAAUGCAAAGACAAUCAUGUGAUUUUAAAUCAGGAGCAGCAGUGGACUUGCUAUUUUUUUGCUUGUGAAAAGCUUUUUUUGUUGUGUUUUUUCAUAAUGCUGUAAAAGGGAAAUACCAUUCAACUCAUGCUGAAAAUGCUGGUUAACACAUUCGUUAGCCUGUGGUUUCACAAAGAUUACAGUGAAAAGAAUAAAGCGACUUCAAAAAGA